CCGCCGCGGGCAGCGCAGGGCUCGGGACAGCCCCCGGGGCAUCCCCGGGGCUCGCCCGGCCGCCCGGCCUGUGCGCAGGCCGGCACUGGAGCCCGCGGCCUGGUGGGACCGAGCGCGGCGCUGCCGGGUCGGGCCGGGGCCUCUGGGGGCGGCGGGGACGCGGCACUUUUUCUCUGGUGACUUGGAGCUACGGUGCCUCCUGAGCACGGCCUCACGCCUGCUGUAACGGGCGUUCGGGCUGUAAGGUGUAACCGGGCCGGUGGUGCCCUCCCGCUCCCCCGUGGCACCCUGUGUCUCAGGGCCGGUCCGGCUCCUUUUGUCUGUCACGGCGGUGUUUGGGUUAGCACAGACCCGCACACAGCUCCGGCAGAGCUAAACUGUGCCCGAGGUGCGGCAGGGAUCAGCGCUGCCACGUUUGAGGAUUUCGGAUCCUUUCUGUCAGUAACAGCAGUUGCGGAUUUAAAAGAUCGGAAGCCCGGAACAGAAUUACCCUGACAAAAGGAAUUAACAUCUGUGAGAGAGAAAUAUAGGGAGGAAGUCUGGGCAGACUGGGAGAUUGAGAAAGUGCAGCUGGUGCUGUUGGCAGCUGCUGUGUGCACGAAGGCAGGGAAGGCCAUCGUGUCCCGGCAGUUCGUGGAGAUGACUCGCACCCGCAUCGAGGGGCUGCUGGCGGCGUUCCCAAAGCUGAUGAACACAGGGAAGCAGCACACGUUUGUGGAGACAGAGAGCGUGCGGUACGUGUACCAGCCCAUGGAGAAGCUCUACAUGGUGCUGAUUACCACCAAAAACAGCAACAUCCUGGAAGACCUGGAAACACUCCGACUCUUCUCUAGAGUGAUCCCUGAAUAUUGUCGAGCUCUGGAAGAGAAUGAGAUCUCAGAACACUGCUUCGACCUAAUCUUUGCCUUUGAUGAAAUUGUUGCCCUGGGCUACCGUGAGAACGUAAAUCUGGCACAAAUUCGGACCUUCACUGAGAUGGACUCACAUGAGGAAAAGGUGUUUCGGGCAGUCAGAGAGACGCAAGAACGCGAGGCAAAAGCCGAGAUGCGCCGUAAAGCGAAGGAGCUGCAGCAGGCCAGGAGGGAUGCGGAGAGACACGGCAAGAAGGCACCAGGCUUUGGGGGCUUUGGCAGCUCGGCUGUGUCUGGGGGCGUGACAGCAAUGAUCACAGAGACCAUCAUCGAGACCGAGAAGCCCAAAGUGGCACCAGCUCCAGCCAGGCCUUCAGGUCCCAGUAAAGCCUUGAAACUCGGCGCUAAAGGGAAGGAGGUGGACAACUUCGUGGACAAGCUGAAAUCAGAAGGAGAAAAUAUCAUGACUUCUGUAGGCAAGCGCUCUGCAGAAGCAGCCAAAGUUCUCACUUCUCCCAUUAACAUGGAGAGCGUGCACAUGAAAAUAGAGGAGAAGAUCUCCUUGACUUGUGGCCGUGACGGAGGGUUGCAGAACAUGGAGCUUCAUGGCAUGAUCAUGCUGCACAUCUCUGAUGAAAAGUUUGCACGGAUUCGCCUGCAUGUAGAAAAUGAAGACAAGAGGGGAGUACAGCUACAGACUCACCCAAACGUGGACAAGAAGCUCUUUACCACAGAGUCACAGAUCGGUUUGAAGAACCCAGAGAAGUCAUUCCCUAUUAACAGCGAUGUGGGCGUGCUGAAGUGGAGGUUGCAGACCACAGAAGAGUCCUUCAUUCCAUUGACAAUUAACUGCUGGCCAUCAGAGAGUGGGAACAGUUGUGAUGUUAACAUUGAAUAUGAGUUGCAAGAGGAGAGCCUAGAGCUGAACGAUGUGAUCAUCACCAUCCCCCUGCCGUCUGGUGUUGGUGCCCCAGUGAUUGGGGAGAUUGAUGGUGAGUAUCGCCACGACAGCCGGAGAAACCUCCUUGAGUGGUGCCUGCCAGUGAUAGAUGCCAAAAACAAGAGCGGUAGCCUGGAGUUCAGCAUAGCAGGGCAGCCAAACGACUUCUUCCCUGUGCAGGUCUCCUUUGUCUCCAAAAAGAACUAUUGCAACAUACAGGUUACCAAAGUGACCCAGGUAGACGGGAACAGCCCUGUAAGGUUUUCUACUGAAACCACCUUCCUGGUGGACAAGUACGAAAUCCUGUAAUGCCAGACAUGGUGACGCACAAUGGAAGAAAUUUUUAAAUUAAAAAAAACAAGGCCGACGUUUAUUCUGAAUGUUGGGAACGCCACAGCCCCCUCUGCUAAGAUGUGUGGCUCUGUCUGCCAUCUACAGUGUUCCGGGGUCACAGACAUUUUUUGCAGAGAAGUGAUGUGCUCAUGGGGGAAAAGGCCACAAAUUUCUUUGGCAGAUUUUUACCGACUGGCAAAAAAAGCAAGAUCUCCGCAAAGAGCCUCACUUUGACAUGCUCCCCCCCACCCCGAGAUGCUCGGAGCUCAGCCCAGAGCCGACCAGACAUCACUCUCUCCUGAAGCAUCACGUGCUGUUCCGUUGUUGGUGCUGCCAUUUUAAUUUCUCCUUGGCCUCUGGUUCUCAUGUGUGGGGCCACCUGCAGGUCCUGACCCUUUCAUCUGGUGGAAGCUGAGCAAGCGACCUUGGCCUCAGAGGUGGGGGGCUCAUAGCAGGGGUGAGGAAGAGGGACCCGGGGGUUCAGUCCUUUUGCCCCACACAGUUACUGCUGUUCCUCCAGCUCCGCUGUGUGGCAGUGGCCCAGCUCUAGGUGGUCUGGUUCCUGCUGCAGCGGGGAGAACAUCCAAAUGGGACUGUGUCCUUACUGUCUUCCACAGCUGUUCUCAGGCCAGGCUUUGGAGGAAGUUUAGUUAGGUUAGAACCAGCUGUAUAUCCUUUGCAAGGCCAUUUUGGUGUCUGGGGAGGCUGAGGGCUUUGUCUGCCUGGGUGAAAGGAGCUGUGGAGCCUGGUUGACUUACUUGGCCUGCAUAUCAGGACCUGUCUUAAGUCAGUGUUGGUUCAGCACUGGCAGGUGUGGGAGAAGGAAAUGCUGGUUUCCAGGUAAUGCAGGGGCUGAUCCGAGCCAUUUCUCCUACUGCUGCCUCACGAGCGUUAUUUGCUUCAUCUCAGAGACCUGUGCUCCCCUCACAACUCAUCUCACCUGCAUGGCUGGGGCCUGUCACGAGUGUCACCUGCCCCUGGGCACACCUCACCUCUGCAGCCAGAGGGCCCAAGUGCAGGUGGAAGGUAAGGGCCCUAAAAGUGCGUGUACUGUGCUCUGUGAGAGACAGCCAGCCUGUCACGGGCCCCUGGGGUCCUCUGCCAAAGAAGUUUGUGGUCUCUCCUCUGCUGGCAGCACCUGAGAGGAAAUCAACCCUGGUCCUAUCCUGAGAGGGCUAGCUCUCUCCCUAAGCAAAGUAGGCAAUGAAUCCCAUUAACCCAGUCCUGUUCCAGAGCUGCUUGUCUGUAUGAUUUUUAAAAUGGAGUCUGAGUUAGUUCAAGCAUCCAAGGAGCUUUUUUUUUUUUCCUUACAUUCAUUGGAGGGUGAUAUUUAAACCGAGCCGAGGUCCCCACUUUUUGUAACCCUGUAUGAUCCUGGCCUAGGGAAUAGAGCACAUUCCAGUGUACACAGAGAAUUCUGAGUCUUUAAUCAAAUAAAGUACUGUUAAAGGA